GGCGUUCGCGUGGGGUGCAUCUUGUGCCGGAUCGAUGCGAGGAUGCGUGGUGUAGUUUUUGAAAAUUGGGAAUUUUGAAGUAAAAGUGUGGCAUUCGUUUUGCGUUGGUCGGCCAGGGCGCGGUUAGUAAGGCGCAGGAACUGUCGUGUCCUAGAAAGGAGUAACCCCUGUUUCCUCCAGAUCCCCUCCAGGAUCAGGAUGUUGAUCUCGCGUGUGAUGCAAACCGUACAGUAUGAGUGAUAACGCACAAUCGCGAUGUAACAGAUCCUCCACCAAUGUUCUCGAAGUGUUGCUGGUGUAGGAGUAAAUCGAGCACCGAUCAAAUGCCCACCGAUGCUGAUAAGAGUGAGAAAGCCAAAGCCGCGAACGAACUCCCGAUUCUCGAUAACGUGAUAAGCAACGAAAUCAAACCAAACUCGAACAGCUCGGAGAGCAGGCCCGAGCCGGGCUCGGACAACGACGAUGAGGUGUUCUGUGAGGGUGUAGGGCCGACGGCCAAGCUGGCCGAGAAUCUAGGGACGUGCAAAGGGCACACGCCGCUCCCCAGGUGGUUCAGGGAGUCGUCGGAGGGCGAAACUGUUGAUUCGGAAGCGCCGGCUACGCCUCCCGCGACCCCCGUGGGCAAGGACGAGCUUGCCCUCAGACGGCAUCGGCUCUUCUCCGAAAUUAUAGAUCUCACACAACAUGCGGCCGAGCAUAAGGUCAAAUUCGACCCUUUCGGGCCCGUUGUUGCCGGAGGAUCCGACGAUAAUUGCCUCCGAUCCGACUUGGAAGACCUCAUAUUUAGAUUAGAAACUGUAACGACUCGUCUAGAAAAAGUCUGCCUUCCAAUAGAACAAUUGCUUAAUCUUAAGAAAAUCAGUUCACCAGAAGAACCAAACAUGAGUGUCCAAGGCUUCAGCGACAUCAUUCAGGGACCACUGACACAAUACCUCCAGAUCUCGCAACAAAUCGGGGGCGACGUUGGCCAGCACAGCCAACUCGUCCACAACGCCUUUCAAAUGCAGUUGCAAUACUUAGUUCUUGCUAGUCAGAGCAAACAGCCGAGUCAGAACGAAAUCAUCAGCCUCCUCAAGCCCACCAGUGAUCAAAUCAGUGCAAUACAGGACUUCCGCGAGAAGCACCGCACUUCGCAGUUUUUCAACCACCUCUCCGCCAUCAGCGAGAGCAUACCGGCCCUCGGAUGGGUCACAGUGAGCCCCGCCCCCGCGCCCUACGUCAAGGAAAUGAACGACGCCGGCCAGUUCUACACGAACCGAGUCCUGAAGGACUGGAAGGAGAAGGACAAGAGGCACGUGGACUGGGUCAAAGCCUGGAUCCAGACCUUGGUGGACCUGCAAGCCUUCGUCAAGCAGCAACACACCACGGGCUUGGUCUGGGCCGGGAAGGGCUCGGCCGCGCCGCCGCCGCCGCCCCCGGGAUGCCCGCCUCCGCCGCCGGUGCUGGACUUCGCCGCCGCCGAAGUCGCGGGCGGCGACGCUGACCGGUCGGCGCUCUUUGCUCAAAUCAACCAAGGGGAGAAUAUCACCAGAAGUUUGAAGAAGGUGACGGCGGAUAUGCAGACCCACAAGAACCCGACCCUGCGCGAGGGACCGGCGCCUUUCAAGACCCCGGCGAGGGGGGCACAAGGGGCCCCGGCGCCUGUCGUGGACAAGCCCCCGAGUUUCGCGAGAGAUGGCAAAAAGUGGCUGAUUGAGUACCAAAAGGGCAACCAUAACCUGGUUGUGGAGAACGUCGAGAUGAACAACGUUGUUUAUUUGUUCAAAUGUACGGAUUCAACGGUCGUGGUUAAAGGGAAACUGAAUUCGAUCACGCUAGAUUCCUGUAAGAAGACUUCCAUUGUUUUUGAUAGUCUUGUCUCGGCGAUGGAAUUUAUCAACUGUCAGUCGGUCCAAAUGCAGGUACUUGGGAAGGUUCCAACAAUAUCAAUAGAUAAGACAGAUGGUUGCCAAAUGUACUUGAGUCCCGAGUCGUUAGAUGUCGAAAUCGUCAGCUCCAAGUCGUCAGAAAUGAACGUUCUUGUCCCGAAAGGAAACGGCGAUUAUACUGAAUAUCCAAUUCCUGAACAAUACAAGACCACCGUUGUACCAGGAAAAGGCCUCUCUACAAUAAUUGUGGAAAACAAAGGCUAAAUUACCUUACCAACUUAGAUUAUAGUUAAUUUUUCACUUUUAAGCAAUUUUAUACAUAAAUUUGUAAAUUCGUACUUCCCUUAUCUACCGCUAUUAUCAUAAAAGCAAUAUCUAAGUAUCGGUUGUGGAUUUAUAUCAGCGAUUUUAUAGACGAGUGUUUUAUUCAGUAACGAGUUUUAUUUAACAUUAAAUUAUGUCUUUGCCUUUGAAAUAAACAGCUUUCUAGUAAAA